AUGAUUUUUAAAGGUCCACUAAAUAAAGUUACGCUACGACAUAGUCCAGUACCAGCUGCAGCAAAAUUCAAAAGGAAUAUAGAAUAUGAUCAAGAUUUAAAUCAUCAAAGUUAUACAUACACCGAUGUUCAAGAGGAUAUAAAGGGUAGAACCUCAGCGGUUUCAGUGGGGAGUACCGGAGUUGGUUAUGAUGGUGAGCUAGUGAGCCCAAAUUCAUAUAUUAAAAAUGGAAAUGCUCAAGCAUUGGAAAAUGGAGAAGGACUAGGACAAUCUUCUGACAAUUAUCUUGCAAGCCCGUCAUCAGCAUUAGACAAUGUAUCGGAUAUAUUAGAAAAUGUAAAUGUAAUGGGUCAAAAUUCAAAUAUCCAACCAGAGUGGAAAUCAGAGGACAUAAGCAAAGAAAGUGAUUUAGAAGACAGAGCAGCAUAUGCUCAAGCUGUUGCAAAUGCCCACAGUUCAGGAAAUGCUCAAACACAGGCAAAUGCUCAAGCACAGGCAAGCACUCACGCACAGGCAAACGCUCAAGCGUAUACAAAUGUACGAGACAACCAAUUUGGAAUAGGAUCAUUGCCUUACAACUACCCUGUUUCGGCGUCAUCUCUUGCACAAGCACUAACAAACGCUAAUUUAAAAAAACAAAACUUAUAUAGUAAGCCAUAUUGGAAAUCUGGUGAUAUCGAAAAAGUUGAUGAAAGCGAAAGAGCAGUUCGACAAUCAAAAGAAAUUGAAGUACAAGAAGAAAGUGUGCAAAAUGAAAAAAGUGCAAGCUCUAUUCUUGAGUCCAGUCCAGUAUCAGUAGAUACUCUAGCGAAUAAGCAAGAAUCCAUAACAUCUGUUGAAACUUUAGAAAGAAAUAUUGAAAGUUCAGAACUAAAUCUUGACUUGAAGGGUUUCACUCCAGAAAGAAAUGUUGAUGAAACAAAAACUGGUGAAGAAAAUUUAAACCUCGAAGAAAGGAGAGGAGGUCAACCUAUUGUGGUUUGUUCGAGACCUUAUGAGAUCCAUGCAGUGUGGUUGGUAGCACAAGGAUGUAUGAUUUGUACAUGUGUCCAAGACAAUUGGCUUUUAAGACCACUUUGCGCAAGUUGCAACACUUGUCUUACCCCGCCGCCACCACCACCACCACCGUUGCCAGAAAUAAUAAUACCUGUACCUCCACCUUCACCACCCACACCAGUUCCUCAAGUGUCCUGUGAUCCAUUACCCACUGAAACUCCAUUCGAAAAUCCGUUGAAUCCGUGCCAGAUAUGCAUAUGCAAGCCAAUUGUCAACGUAUUUGGUCAACCUGAUGUUCAAAUUCAAUGCGACGAAAAUCCACAAUGUAUGAGGCCGCCAGAUAUAAUUCCUAUACCUCCUAUACCCCAGCCGCCCUCGCCGCCCGUGCCGCUUCCCUUAUGCGAGAGGUUCCCUCUGAACGUGCUGUUCCCAGAUCCACUCGACGGAUGCAAGAUAUGCAAGUGUGUGGCAGAAACCUUCUUACUCGAAAAGAGGAUUAUAUGCAUGCCAAAUCCUGAAUGCGAGCCACCAGUACCACUGCCAACACCAGUGCCGGAACCAGUACCGAUACCGGAACCGGAACCAGAACCCGCACCCUUACCUCCUUUACCCCCAUUCCCUGUGACUCCUGUACAGCCAUUCCCAAUUGUACCUCAGAUACCACAAGAAAUAGAACCAGUUCCAUGGCCACCUGUAAUUGCGAACCGACCACGAAACCAAAGCCCGUUACCAGGACCACCACCACAUGACACCUGCCGACCGUAUCCACCGAAUACACCCUUCCAGCAUCCUUGGAACGAGUGCCAGAUAUGCGAGUGUGUUGAGAUUUUCGGGCCAAAUAUCAUCAAUAUUGAAGUGAAUUGCUAUACUAAACCAUCUUGCUAUCCCAUAUGCGAGUUCCAAAGCUUAAACGCCGAUUUCGCUCAUCCGAGAGAACCGUGCAAAAUUUGCAACUGUCAGAUAUUCGGUAACAUAAUUGUACCAGUAUGUCGACUAGCAGAUGGUCCUGGAUUUUUAGGUCAAAAUUCACCACUAGGCAGUAAUGCAGAUGCUUUAGCUUCUGCAACCGCUUUAGCCAAUUCACAAUCACAAGGAUAUCAGCCGGGAUAUCCAUCACAACCAGGACAGUGGGGAAGUCAAGUUUCAUCUGCACUUGCACAGGCACAAGCACAGAGUAAUUCCGAAGCUCAAGCUUUAUCUAAUGCAGCAGCAAGUUCUAGUAAUCAGUAUCCUUACGGAACUAUUGGUUUAAAUGUCCCAAACGCCUAUCCAGGUAGUUUGUCUCCUUGGCUCAAUUCAUACCCUUAUGGAUUUUACACUUCAGAAAGUGCAAAUGCUCAAGCGAUAGCUAAUGCUCAAUCUGUCGGCUCACAAUAUAACUACCCUUACUUCCCUGGAGAAAGUCAAUCUAGUGCCCAAGCUCAAGCUGAUGCAGUAGUAAAUACUCAAUUGCUAGGAUUAUCGCCAUAUGGAGUCUAUCCUUAUUCACCUGGAAGUAGUCUUUCUAAUGCACAGGCUCAAGCGAAAGCAAUUAGCAAUGCUCAAGGUACUGAUUUAUAUGGUAAUUAUCCUUAUUUACCCGGGGGAAGUCAAUCUAGCGCACAAGCCGAUGCAGUCGCAAAUACGCAAUCGCUAAGUUUAUCUCCAUACGUAGUCUCUCCUUACUCUCCUGGAGGUGGUUUUUCUAAUGCGCAGGCCCAAGCUGAAGCAAUAAGUAAUAAUCAAGGUAGUAGCUUAUUAGGUAAUUACCCUUACUUACCCGGGGGUACACAAUCUAACGCCCAAGCACAAGCUGACGCAGUAGCAAAUGCCCAAUCGCUAGGUAUAUCACCAUACGUCGUCUAUCCUUACUCUAGCGGAGGGAGUCUGUCUAAUGCACAGGCUCAGGCCGAAGCAAUAAGUAAUGCCCAAAGUGGUCAAGAACAAGCUGAUGCAAUAGCAAAUGCACAAUCGCUAGGUAUAUCUCCUUAUGUAGUUUACCCUUACUCUACUGGAGGUAGUCUUUCAAAUGCACAGGCGGAAGCAAUCAGUAAUGUUCAAAGUACUGAUUCAUACGGUAACUCUCCUUAUUCGGGCGGGGGCAGUCAAUCUAGCGCCCAAGCACAAGCUGAGGCAAUCGCAAAUGCACAAUCUCUAGAUGUAUCUCCAGUUAAUACUUACUCUGUUGGAGGUGGUCAAGGAGCUAAUGCAUAUCCUUAUUCACUUUUUGGCGGUAGUCAAUCUAAUGCACAAGCGCAGGCUGAAGCGAUAGCCAAUGCUCAAUCUAGUGCUUCUCAACCCUAUAACCCCUUUGAUUCCUAUAUAAAUUAUCCUUCCUAUCCUGAAAAUAUUCAAAGUAAUGCUCAAGCUAAUGCAAUCGCAGCAUCUCAAAAUUCCCUAAAUUUGUACUCGCUACCUAGCACUAAUAUUAACCCCAUUUAUGAAUCUGGAAUCAAUGGCUGGGAGAGCUUAUUGCAAGGACAAAGACCCUCGGAAGCCGUAGCGGAAUCUUUAGCCAAUGCUCAAUCGCUAGGAGAGUCACAAGCUUUUUCACAAGCCGUGGCCCAAGGAAGUACAAGUGCACAGGCUUUCGCACAAGCUGCAGCCCAGUCUGGAACGCCUUUAAUGAGAUCAGUAUCGCAUGGUAAGGAACAAGGGCUAACGACUAAUAAUGGCUUAGAAUUUCUUGAAGAUGUAAAAAAUAUAGCAGGUUUUGGGGACGCCCAACACAGAGGCCCGCAAUGGUACGAUUACGAUUCCAUGUCUUCUGGUGACAGUCAUUUGAAAUUGAAAAGUGACUACAGCUCUUCACUAUCAGCCGAACCCAGCAGUAUAUCAUCGAGCCAAGCCUCUGAAGCAUCUUCAAUAGAGACCAAUGAGAAGAAACGAGCAACAAAAACAUAUAGAACCUGCACUACUUGUCCACACGACAUGAUGAAAAAGUACAAAAAUUUUGGUAUCAAAUGGAUAUGUGGUGGAUAUCAACGAGCACGUCGAUCUUUUAAAAGCGAAUGUAUGAUGAGGUACCGAAAUUGUCAGGAUGGUACUACAGAUCUCGUUGCAUCACUCGUACCAAAUGUAACCAAAGUUGGCAAAGUUAACAAUGGCGUAGAUACCAUACACAGGAGGAAGGGUAAAAACCAUCGAUCUACAUCGUCUUCUGACGGAGCAAUUCGAGGCAGCAUUUCUGAUGAAGGAGAUAAAGAAAGCUUGGAGCUAUCAAGUCAUGACCAAACAGCUUUAUCAUCAGAGGAGAAAUAUAAACCUAAGUCGACUGAGGAAAGAAAGGGAUGGCAAAAAUGGCGUCGCAAAUGUACGCCCUGUCCAGAUGACAUGGUAAAGAAGUGGCGUGAUCCUAGUAUUGAGUGGAUCUGUGGAGGGUACCAGCGGGCUCGAAGAACGUUUAAGAGUCUUUGCAUGAUGCAUUAUAGAAACUGCCAAGAUGGAACUAGU